UUUCAGUGCGAUUACCGUAAAGUGUCUAAAAGCCGCGCCCCGAACACUGACGUGCGUCUAGACACUGACCGCGGUGAGGGAGAGUAACUGACGCCCAGACAGCGCUCUGAUCCCCGUGUGAUUGAGAGCUCCUGGAGCCUCCAUCAGACCGUGUGAGACCCGCAGCUGAGCGCUAGUACCGGACUGCUCAGACUGGAUUUGAGGAAAACCCCUGUGGAGAAUCAGAGUGUGGAUGCUGGGAUUUCACACAGCAAAUUAGUGUCCUGCGACAUGGUAGAGCCCAGGAACCUGAAGGACUCCACGGUGGUGACAGUGCUGUCCAGGAUGGUGAGUGGUGGCAGUGCCGGGGGGUUCCGCCUGAAGUUCACUAUCAUCUCCACUCCAGGUUGAGAGCUCCAGGUUGUUUUGACUGCACCGGACAGCCAGCUGCUCAACCUCCCUUUUGUAUGCAGACUCAUCACUGUCCUGGAUGACGCCAAUGACUGUGGUGUCAUCUGCAAACUUCAGGAGCUUAAUGGAGGACACCUCUGAAGAAGACUUCAGACUGCAAAGUCACAGCAAACCGCAUCUAAAGCUCAAGGAACAAACUGGUCUUUGUCUAUUCUGAUUUCAGCGCAGAAGUCCUAUUCUCACCUUACAGACAAUGGCCAGUGAAGGUCCUGAUGUACAAGCAGCAAUACAGGCCUCAGGAGAGUCUACAAUAAGCAAAGCAACUAAAAGAGCACAAGAACAGAUUGAUCAGUUGUUUAAUGUCUCACUUCAUAUCGCUGUAACUGGAGAAUCUGGAGCAGGAAAGUCAUCUUUUGUCAAUGCAAUCAGAGGGCUGGAUGAUGAUGAUAAAGGUGCAGCUGAAACUGGAGUUACUGAAACCACAACUGAACCAGAAUGUUAUGAUCAUCCCACACUGCCCAAUGUGAAAGUUUGGGAUUUGCCAGGAAUUGGAAGCCCAACAUUUAAGGGCAAGGAGUAUUUAAAAAAAAUGCAAUUUGACAGGUUUGAUUUCUUCAUCAUCAUCUCAUCAGAGAGAUUCAAAGAGAAUGACAUCAUGUUAGCCAAAGAGAUAAAAAAACAAAAAAAGCUCUUUUACUUUGUUAGAUCUAAGAUAGACAACGAUAUUCGAGCAGAAGAAACAAAGAAGAACUUCAACAAAGAAGAAACACUCUCACGAAUCAAAAGAAACUGCAUCGAAAACUUGAAGCAAUUUGAUAAUCCAAAAGUCUUCCUCAUUUCCUCCAAGGACAUUAAAGCCUUUGAUUUUGAAGAGCUCGCUGAAACACUCAUGGCAGAUCUCCCAGAGAAAAAACGACAUGCUCUAAUGCAGUCAGUGCCAGUCACCUCUGAGGCUAUGCUGAAGAAAAAAGUGAAAAUGUUUGAGAAAGCUGCAUGGGCUGCAGCUGUUUGCUCUGGAGCCAUUGCAGUAGUUCCAGUACCUGGUCUAUCAGUGGCAUGUGAUGCCAGUAUAUUAGUGAGUUUCUUUCUAAGAUGCUACUACUCAUUUGGCCUUGAUGAUAAUUCAAUUAACAAACUCUCAGAACGAGUAAACAAGCCACAUCUGAAAUCUUUAAUAAAGUCACCUCUUAUAGCGGCGCUGACAGAAAAAACAGCAAUAAGGUUGCAGCUGUCUGCAUUAGCAGGAGGAGCAGCGCUGGAGUAUCUGUGCAGCUUGGUGCCUGGUGUAGGAAGUGUUGCAGCAGCUGGGAUAUCUUUUGGAUGUACAUAUGCGCUUCUAAAGAAAGGAUUGAAAGAUCUUGAAAGUGCUGCAUUCACAGUGCUAAGAGAAGCAGGUUUAGAGUGAGGAUAAACGAGACAAACGAGUAUAUGAUCUUCAAACAAGCUCAGACAUGGCAACGUUCAUGAAUUUUGCUCUGAAACAGCUGUUUUACAGCUCAUCAAUCAUAAAUAUGACUCAAAAUAUCCCUCUGAUCAAAAUAUCACAUGACAUCAAAAUGUCUCUCAAAAUAUUUCCCCUAAUAAAAUUGCGUAUGCCCUAAUUGACCUAAUUGAAAGUUACACGUCUAAUUUUCUGAUAUUAACUGACACAGACUGGAAUCCCCAUCCCCUUCUAACAUUAGUAAUGUUUCAGCUGAUGCUCUGAUCUCGACUAUAUAUUUGCUUAAAAGAUGUGUUUAUGUGGUGGCUUCACUUUCUGUCAUGGUGUUCAAUAACAUUUGACAUAUAAAUAGUUAGUAUCAGUUAAAUUGAUUUAAUUUCUAAUCACACAAUUGCUAUACAUUUGACAUUCGAAAAGUAAUCUACAGCAGUUAUAUUUAGACAUCAAAGACAGCUUAAUUGAAGAAAUGAACAUUAAGAGCAUCCCUUUUAUAGACAAAACUUUUAGGAUACAUGAUUAAAUACAAGACAAUAAGUACCACUCUUAUCAGUUCAAUUCAAUUCAAUUCAUUUUUAUUUGUAUAGCGCUUUUUACAAAGGUCAUUGUCUCAAAGCAGCUUUACACAAACAAAAGUAAAGUGAAGUGUGUGUGUGUGCCGUCUCUGAUGAGCAAGCAGGGCGACGGUGGCAAGGAAAAACUCCCUGAGAUGGUGAUAGGAAGAAAUCAGCUUCAUGGAAAUCAAACUAAAUCCCUGACUAUAGUUUUUCCCCUUGUGAUCACACUCUGUUCACUCUGUCAGUGUUUUUCUUUACUACCCAUUUGGUUAUGACCUAUCUAUAUUUCUAUACACUCACUGUCCACUUUAUUAGGAACACCUGUUCACCUGCACAUUUAUACCGUUAUCUAAUCAGCCAAUCAUGUGGCAGCAGUGCAAUUCAUAAAAUCCUGCAGAUGCAGGUCACAAGCUUCAGUUAAUGUUCACCUCAAACAUCAGAAUGAAGAAAAAGUGUAAUCUGUGUGACUUUGAUCAUGGCAUGGAUGUUGCUACCAGAUGGGCUGGUUUGAGGAUUUCAUAAACUGCUAAACUCCUGGGAUUCUCACACAUGAUAGUCUCUAGAGUUUACACAGGAUUGUGCCAAAAACAAAAAAACAUCCUGAAAGUCGAAGGUUUGCAGGCUGAAACACCUUGUUGAUAGGACAGAUCAGAGGAGAAUGCCCAGACUGGUGCAAAACACAAAAAACACUGAGUGAGCUAUAUUUCUGAAGGUGGAAAUGCCUUGUUGAUAAGAGAAGUCAGAGGAAAAUGGCCAGAUUGGUUUGAACUGCCAGGAAGGAUACAGUAACUCAUAUAAUCACUCUUUAUAAGUACGAUGAGCAGAAAAGCAUCUCCUUUUCCUUGAAAUGGAUGAGCUGCAACAGCAGAAGACCACAUUGGGUUCCACUUCUGUAAGGACAGUAACAGGAAUCUGAGGCUAUCAUGGGCACAGAUUCAUCCAGCUGAGGAAUGUGUUAAUGAGUCUGUAAUUAUAUUCUUAAAAUAUUACAGGAUAUUCAAUUUGGUUCUUACACAAGGUUUUUUUUUGUCUUAAUAAGAUUGUGACAUCUGUCUUUCAUUCACUUUAAUUAGUGUGAAUUUUUGUAUUUGCAUUCUGUAACUAUGUUUUAUUACCUUGUGAUUUAUUCUCAUUUUUAACAUUUUCCAUAUCAUGUCGUUUCUUUGC